UAAGCUCAUAGCCAAGUGCUUACUCCUAUACUUUCUCUAAGUUGUUGCAUGAAUCUGGGAUCCUUUGAUCAGUUUUUUUUCUACAACAUUGAUUAAUCAUGCAUCAAAAAUCUUUUCUUUUUAUCUUUCUACUUACAAAUUUUCUAGAUUCUAGUUAGCAAAAAAAAUUUCUGAUCUGAAUUAUUAAUUCAGAUUCGUAUCGUGCAAGGUCUAUAUAAUCUGUUAAAGGAAACAUUUUAUUUGUAGUUUUUCUAUUUUCACGACCGGCAGUGAUACCCUUAAUUAAGGGUGGAAAAUUUAUCAAAGAAGAUAAAAUGGAGGACGAAAAGCUCACUUUUAUUAUGUAUCCAUGGUAUGCCAUGGGUCAUCUUACUUCAUUUCUUCUUUUAUCCAACAAACUUGCACAUAGAGGCCACAAAAUUUUCUUUGUCCACCCUGCAAAGACACUUUCCAAGUUGGAAAAAUUUAAUCUUUAUUCUGAACUCAUAAACUUCAAAUCUGUUACAGUUCCACAUGUUGACGGACUCCCACUCGGAGCCGAAACAACCUCAGAUAUUCCUAUUUUCAAGCAAAAUCUUCUUUUUCAAGCAUUGGACCUUACAAAUCCAAAUAUUGAGUCUUUAAUCCAAGAACUCAAACCCCAUUUCAUUCUUUAUGAUUUUGCAUAUUGGGUUCCAUCCGUGGCUCGAAAAUAUGGAGUGAAAUCUGUGCAUUACUGUUCUAUUACUCCGUCAUCUGUUGGUUAUCUUAUGCGCGGCGAACAACCAACUUCAGAAACUGAAAUGAUGAAACCUCCACCUGGUUUUCCUGUUAAGUCAUCUAUCAAACUCCACAAAUAUGAAGCUCGUUUAAUCGCAGCUCUACAUUCGAUGGGAAAAGAUUCUAGUAGUUCUGUAUCGUUCACUCAACGUUUGCUUUUGGCUUUCCAAGACGGGGAUGCUAUUGCAUUCAAAACAACUCGGGAAAUAGAAGGUCCUUAUUGUGAAUUUGUUGAGCAUAAGUUCAAGAAACCAAUCGUUUUAGCCGGACCAGUGUUGCCCGAACCAAUAGUGACUUCAAAUACAGAGGAAGAUUGGUCAAAAUGGCUCGAAAAAUUCCAAGAAAAGACAGUUAUUUUUUGUGCAUUUGGCAGUGAAUGCAAGCUCAAAAAAGAUCAAUUUCAAGAACUGGUUUUGGGACUUGAACUUACUGAUCUUCCAUUUUUGGCUGUUUUAAAACCGCCUGUUGAAGCUGAGACAAUUGAAGAGGCAUUACCGGAAGGUUUCACAGAGAGAACACAAGGAAAAGGCAUUGUUCAUUCAGGAUGGACAGAACAACAAUUGAUGUUAUCUCAUCCUUCUGUGGGAUGUUUUGUCACUCAUUGUGGCGGAAACUCGUUAUCAGAGGCCAUGAUUAAUGAGUGUCAAUUGGUUUUAGUCCCAAAUAUUGGUGAUCAGUUCAUCAAUGCAAGAUUGUUUAGUGGAGACUUGAAAGUUGGAGUGGAAGUUGAGAGGCAUGAAGAAAAUGGAUUUUUCACUAAAGGAGGAGUUUGUAAGGCCAUAAAUAUGCUAAUGAAUGAUGAGAGUGAGGAGGGGAGUAAAAUAAGAGUGAAUCGCGCAAAGUGGAGGGAGUUCUUACUGACCAAAGGGCUUGAGGAUUCUUAUAUUGAUGCUUUAGUGCAAAAGCUACAAACUUUACAUGGAGCAUCAGUAUGUUAAAAAAGGACAGCCCGGUGUAGGGAAGGGUCGAAUUACAAGAGUCUAUUGUACAUAACCUUAUCUUACAUUUCUGCAAGAGUCUGUUUCACUGCUCGAACUCAUGUGACCUUAACUACAUAAAAAUCCUUACAUAUUUAUGUUUCAUUAAGUA